AUCCCCCAUCGUCUUUUAGGUUCUCUUGAAAUCUCAAAUAUCCAUCAAUUUAGGCUUUGAUUUCUCGGUUUAUUUCCACUGUAAUUUCAUUGAUUUUCGUUCCUGAUAUAACCAGAUAUCGCAUACCCUUGUCUUGAUUUUUAGGUCAUGCUGUGGGUUUUGUUUUAAUUUUGUCGAAGAAACAGAUAUGGUGGAAAUUGAAUAUUUGGGGAAAAUCAUAUUUGGGUAAUUGAUAGUGGUGCAAUGGGUAUUGGUUGUUUUGGCGCUUUUGAUUCAUGUAAAGCAAGAAGUGGAAAGACUCCAGAUGAGAUUGCCACCAACAACGUUAAACAGUUCUCCUAUAAUUCGUUGAGAUCAGCUACACGAAACUUUCACCCAUCAAAUAAGAUUGGUGGAGGUGGUUUUGGGGUUGUCUACAAGGGAAUUCUGAGAGAUGAUACUCAUGUUGCUGUCAAGUCUCUUUCGGCUGAAUCCAAGCAAGGGACCAUUGAAUUCUUGACGGAGAUUAAUUUGAUCUCGAGCAUCCAACAUCCCAACCUCGUUCAACUCAUUGGUUGUUGUAUUGAGGAUGGUAAUCGGAUUUUGGUAUACGAGUACCUCGAGAACAACAGUCUCGCUAGCGCUUUACUUGGUUCGAGAGGCAAACACAUAGACCUAGAUUGGGCUACACGGGCUAGCAUAUGCGAAGGCACGGCCGCGGGUCUUGCUUUUCUUCACGAGGAAGCUGAACCACAUAUUGUCCAUCGAGAUAUAAAGGCAAGUAAUGUACUUCUUGAUGGAAGCUUUCAUCCCAAAAUAGGAGAUUUUGGACUCGCAAAACUUUUCCCUGACAAUGUCACUCAUCUUAGCACUCGAGUUGCCGGAACAGUGGGAUAUUUGGCUCCCGAGUACGCCUUAUUAGGACAACUUACAAAGAAAGCGGACGUAUAUAGUUUUGGGGUACUUAUGCUUGAAAUCAUAAGCGGUAGAAGUAGCAGUAAGGCGGCUUUCAGCGAGGAUCUCUUGGGUGUGGUUGAAUGGUCAUGGAAGCUCAAAGACGAAGAAAGGCUACUAGAUGUCGUUGAUCCGGACCUAACAAAUUGUCCUGAUGACGAGAUUAUGCGCUUCAUUACAGUUGCACUCUUUUGUACACAAGCGGCUUCAAACCAGAGACCGUCAAUGAAGCAAGUGGUCGAGAUGCUCACCAGAAAAGUCCAUCUCAACGCAAAAUUGUUAACGGAGCCUGGGAUAUUCAAAGCACGUUCCUCCUGUCGUCAGUCCGAUGAUGGUGUUUCAGUGGGAACAACGAAAUCCCGAGCAGUCAAUGGCAAACAGUCGCUAAAUCCAUUCGUAACCAGUUUACCUCAAGUUAGUAGUUCUUAUAGUAUAUCACAAAUGCUUCCCAGAUGAUAAUAAAAUUCAACCAAAAAGCUAGCUGGGUUACGAGUAGGGUCCAAUCUCCCGGGAGGUCAAGGCAACCUCACUACAGGUGAAGAAGUGCGUGUAAGUAAUUUCCGUAUAUAAAUAUUAUAUACUUCAAAAAGAAGAUUCAUAUAGUUCGUACGUUAAAGAGAUCGACCAAAUGGUUUUUGUAGGUUGUAUUGUAAAAAUCUUGAACCGCUUGGAUAGAUUUCGUGUAGGUACCGUGGUGUUGUAGUUCUUCCGUCACACUUUAUCAUAGCAAGAUCUCGAAGUUGUUUAUAGACGUAUCGACUAAUAGGGUCGAUGUUAUAUGUGAAUGUUUUACGUUAUGGGUUUUGAAAUCAUUUCAAGUUAGUCGCAUGUUAAAUCA